UUUAAGUUGCCCAGCACGGUGGUGGGGCGGAGCCUCCCAGACCGGAAGAUGACUGGGCGCGUCACUUCCUCCCGGAAGCAGGCCUGGGCGGAUGUCUCCGGCGGGUCCGUGCACGGGGCUGAGGGCCGCGGUGGCUGCCAGCAUAGGGUUGAGCGAGGGGCCGGCGGGCUCCGCCCGGAGCGGACGCCUUCUCCGUCCGCCGAGCCCCGCUCCGGCGGCGCCGGGGGCCCGGCUGUUCCGGCUCCCGGGGAGCGGGGCCGUGCGGGCCGCAAACCCGGAGCGCGCCGGCUGGACUGAGGCGCUGCGGGCCGCCGUGGCCGAGCUGCGCGCCGGCGCCGUGGUGGCCGUCCCCACCGAUACGCUGUACGGCCUGGCCUGCUCGGCGAGCUGCUCGGAGGCACUGGGCGUCGUGUACCGCGUCAAGGGCCGCAGCGAGACCAAGCCGCUGGCCGUGUGCCUGGGCCGCGUGGCCGACGUCUACAGGUACUGCCGUGUGAGAGUACCUGAGGGGCUCCUGAACGACCUGCUGCCAGGACCAGUGACCCUGGUGAUGGAACGCUCGGAGGAGCUCAACAAGGACCUGAACCCCUUCACUCCUCUUGUAGGCAUCCGGAUUCCUGACCACGCCUUCAUGCAGGACUUGGCCCAGGUGUUUGGGGGACCGCUUGCUCUCACCAGCGCCAACCUCAGCUCCCAGACCAGCUCUCUGAAUGUUGAGGAAUUUCAGGACCUCUGGCCUCGCUUGUCCUUGGUCAUUGAUGGGGGACCAAUUGGGGACGACCAGAGCCCCGAGUGUCGACUAGGCUCAACUGUGGUUGACUUGUCUGUGCCUGGAGAGUUUGGCAUCAUUCGUCCGGGUUGUGCCCUAGAAAGUACUUCGGCCAUCCUCCAGAAGUAUGGGCUGCUCCCCUUACGUGGAUCCUGCUUGUGAAACUCCGGAGGAGGGAGGGCCCAAGGUCUGGUGCUGGACACUAUGUGUCCGACUGCUGGUGGUUGGCGAGGCCUCAUUGGCAGAGGCCGCUGGGGCUACAGUGUUACUAGUCUGACCUUUUAAGGCAAAGUUUCUUUCUGAACGCUACAGACCAGGCCUCAGAAGCUGCUGGUUAAGCCUCACACCUGGUUGGGGAGGUUAUAUUUAUUUAUAAUUUCAUAUAUGAGCCAAAAGCUGAAUAGAGGUUUUAAGAGUAUUCCGAGGAUGGCCUUUUUCUGAUAAGUUGUUUCUUUUUUUGAUCUUUGAAAAAUAAAUAACAGAUUUGGAAUCUAGUGAGAGCUUCUCUGGUGGGUAGUGGCACUUAAGGUCCAAAUCAACUAACACAUUGGUUGGUGCUUUUCAAAAGUCUCAAGUGACCAAGUGCAUGAGUUUUAUGCUUCUGAAGCUGGAACCAGUUUAGGAUAAAAAUAAAAACUGUAGAGCCAUCGACCAAACACUGCUUCCUCUGAACCAGGGGGCUGGUUCUUUGCUGUAAUUGCCUGGCGGAGAGUCACCAUUUUGGUCUAAUGGUGGGAAGUAAGCUCAGCUGGCACAGGGGUUGGGGGUGGGGUCCAAAUUAAGGAAUAUUGGAAAAUAAAUCUCUACUGUCCUGUCCAGCCACUUUUUUCUUAUUUAUUCGUAAUACAAAUUAUAAUGAAUUAUACCUACAACACCUUUAUGUAAAUGCAGUGUCUACUCGGCAGCCUUUAUCUUUAUUCAUAUGUGUACAAGUGUUAAAAAACAUACUCACUGUUGGGCAUUUGAACUUUGUUUUUUCUUUAAUAGAAAAAGUGCUGUUAAACAUCUUUGUGAAUGUU